UCCGCUGUCAUGGCGCCGAACAUAAACAGAAAGCGGUGAAUAACAACACAUUUUGUUGUAGCACUUAGCAAAACUAUCUACAGCUACACUUUAACUGUGUUUAUGAGCUGGAAAGAGAAGAUACAGGGAAUAACAUGUCUGGGGGAAACAAAGCCAUUGAGUUACAGCUUCAGAUGCGGCAGAACGCGGAGGAUCUGCACAGCUUCAUGAAGGAGCUGGAGAGCUGGGAGACAGACAUGAAGAGGAGAGAUGAGGAGCUGAGGACAGAAGGACCCCAGGAGGUUCAGAGGGAACUCCCACCUGUGCGCAACAAAGACUACAAAACAAAGAUGAGGGAAAAGAAGAAGAAGAAGAAAAUGGAGACUGUUGGAAAUGGUGACACAAAAGCAGAAGAGUCCAAACAAGCAUCGAAGAUUAAAGCAUACGACUAUCGAUCAUGGGACAAGUUUGAUGUGGACAAGGCUCUGGCAGAGAUGGAUAAAGAGGAAAGUCCAGCAGAGUCAAAUGAGUCGGACUCAGAAGAAGCUGCAGUUGAUCAGGAGAAAGCGCUGGCAGAGAAGGAAAAGGGUAAUAAGUUCUUCAAAGAUGGGAAGUAUGAUGAAGCCAUUGAAUGUUACACCAGAGGGAUGGGGGAAGAUCCUUACAGCCCUGUGCUUCCUACAAACAGAGCCACCUCCUUCUUCCGGCUCAAAAAGUACGCUGUGGCAGAGUCCGACUGCAACUUGGCCAUCGCUCUGGACAGCAACUACUUCAAAGCAUAUGCCCGAAGAGGAGCAGCACGGUUUGCACUGAAGAAAUAUGAAUCUGCAUUAGAAGAUUAUGAGAUGGUUCUCAAGCUUGACCCCGGAAACAUGGAAGCACAGAAUGAAGUGAAGAAAAUUAACGAGGCCCUCGGACACGAGGCACCGACCGUCCAAAGUGAAGCCACGCAGCCACAGGAGGCUCUCACAGUCGACCCCGAGCAGCAGAGACUGAUGGAGGAGCAGCAGAGGAGGCAGGAAGCGGUCAUACAAAAAGACAGAGGGAAUGCUUAUUUCAAAGAGGGGAAGUACGAAGCAGCUGCAGAGUGCUACAGCAGAGGCAUGGAGGCGGACAGUAUGAACGUCCUUCUUCCUGCCAACAGAGCCAUGGCCUUCCUCAAGCUGGAGAGGUAUAAAGAGGCGGAGGAGGACUGCACUAAAGCCAUUUAUCUGGACAGUACUUACUCCAAGGCUUUUGCCCGCCGAGGCACAGCCAGAGUGGCUUUAGGGAAACUGGAGGAGGCCAAACAAGAUUUUCAGGCGCUGUUGCACCUGGAGCCAGGCAACAAACAGGCCUUGAAUGAACUACAGAAACUCCAGAUUGAUGCAUCUUCCAGCGGCCUUCUUCAAACAGAGGACAGCUCACAGAGGAGAACAGUCCGGCCAAUCAACAAACCAACACAUCUGCGCUCAACUAAACCUCUGAGGAGGAUUGACAUUGAGGAAAUCAGUGGAAAGGCCUCGGUUCCUGAGGUGGAGUCAGGUGGGUCCAAGUCCCUCGUCGAGGAAGUGGUGAAGGAGACUGAGGACGGGUCCUCUCCACUGUCGACGUCACCCAGCGCCAAGAUGAUCAAAAUCGAAGAGAUAUCAGACGCCCCCUCACACGCAUCAGACCAGCUUCCUCCCAGCAGACAGACAGGACGACCAGCGCAGAAGAACAUCACUCAUCCACCUGAACUGUUGACCAAUUGCUCCACCACAGUAACAGACCCGCCUCCUCCACCCAACACCAGCUUCCAGCUGGAGGCCGACCUCCGCAAGAUCGGAAAGCAGCCUGAAGUGAUUUACAGAUAUCUGAGGCAAAUCAAGCCUGAGGCAUUCUCAAAGAUUUUCCAAAACUCCCUUGAACCUGACAUCCUCAAUCAGAUCCUGAAGACGCUGCACGAGUUCUACAUGAAGAAUGAAGCACCGGCUGUUACACUGGGGAUCCUCAGCAGUCUGGCAAGCACGAGGCGCUUCGACAUGGCCGUCAUGUUCAUGUCAUCUCCAGAGAAGAAAGUGCUUAAAGAUCUGUUUGACUUCCUUCACCAAGCCGAGCUGGAAGGAUCGUCUGUCGUAGAGUUACAGAAGAAGUACGGUGUGUGACGCUCCAUCUUAAGCAACACACUAAAGAUUUUAACACAGGGUGCAACAUUGGAUUUAAAGCAAAUCAAACAGUUAUAUUUAAUACUGAAUAAACUUUCAUUAAAGUAGCAGUGUGCAUAUCCAGCGUGUGUGGGCACAAAACAGCAAGACAUCCAAUUAAAUCCCAUAAGGCAAACAACUCAGUAUGCAGAUAGAGUAUUGUACUAUUACUCCAGUGAUGCUCUGUGAGCUUUUCAUAUUAUAAACAUGUUGGUGUGUUAACAGGGAGUCAGCUAAUAGGGGGAUUUGGAGACAUGUUCUAUCAACAGAAGUGUGAAUUUCCAUCCUGAGCACAGUGUAAAAGUCUGGAUUGGUCUCUGUGAGUACUCUACGCGGUGUGAAUGUUCCUCUCUAACCCUGCCAAAAAACAAACAAAAAAAAAAAAAA